UCCAACGCUCCCCUCCACCAUCGCGGCCCAGCAUGCCCAUCUCCGGGCUCGAUGCCUACCUGCAGGCCUCGCGCCAGCUGCACACGGCGCCCCUCACGGCGCUGCGCGACACGCGCCUCGGCAUCGACCUGACGCUCUACCUGCGCCUCCUCCUCAACUCGCCGCGCACCGCCGAGCCGCUCGUCGCCGCGCUCGGCGGCGCGCCGCUGGCGCUCAUCGCGCACAUCGAGGCCGACCUGCGCGCCCUCGAGCGCGCGCGCAUCAAGCCCGUCUUUGUCCUCGCUGGCCUGCCGCCGCUGGCGCGCCGCGCGCGCCCCUUCAGCUUCGCCGCGCACGAUGCACGCGCCGAGGAGCGCCGCCGCGCCUGGAGCAGGUACGAGGCGGGCGACGUCGACGCCGCGCACCGCCAUCUCAGCCGCGCAGGCAGCGUCCGGGAGGCCGAUCUCAUCCGCGCCGUGCUGCGCGCCUUCCGGCACCGCAACGUCGAGUUUCUCAUUGCGCCGUACGGCGCCGAUGGACAGCUCGUCUCGCUGGAGCGGCACUCCAAAUCCUACGUGCACGCCAUCUGCGGCAGCACCUCGCUCUUCCUCUUCGACCGCGUCGAGCGCCUCAUUCUCUCGCUCGACCUGCAGGAACUGCAGAACGGCACGGGCCCGGGCAGCUUCACGUACGCCUCCAAGCCCGCGCUGCUGCAGUCGCUCGGCUGCAACGAGGAGGAGUUCCUCGACCUGGGCCUGCUCUGCGGCUUUGACCAGACACCGACGUUCCCGCCGUUUGCAGACGGCACCAUUCCCAACAUCAUGAUCCAUCGGCGCGACGGCCCCAGCGCUGGCGCCGCAGGCGGUGCGCCGGGCAGCACGGCGGUGCCAAACCUGCGCGCUGCCGCCGAGGUGCUCAAGAGCUACCGCAGCGGCUUCACGCUGUGCUCGGCGUUCGAGCAGCACCCGGCAUGCGUCAAGCUCAACUACACCGACACGUUCUGCCGCGCCCGCUGCAUGGUCAAGUUUGCCCUCGUCUCGUCGGCAGAGGAAGGACGUGUGCUGCCACUGCCGCUGGCCACGCCGCCGCCGCCAAUGGCCAUGCCCGGAGGCGGCCAGGCGGCGCCGCUCAUCGCGCCGGGCGUCAACGGCGCCUCGCCAGCUGCGCCUGCGUACGUCGGCGCGCCCAUCCCCACGGCAGCCGACAUCCCGUCUGACUUGCACGAGAUCUUUUCGCACCGCCUGCCCGACGAAGUCUUCCUGCAUCUCUCGCGCGGCCUCAUCUCGCCCACGGUGCUCUCGCAGCUGACGUCGCAACACAUCGUCGAGACGUCGCCCCUCUCCCCGGACGCACCCGACGAGUACCGACGCUUCGUGCGCGAGCAGCUGACCGAGUCGCCGCAGUCGCCUCGCUGCGUUGCGCUCGCCAUCAUGGCCAGCGCGCUCAACGGCUUCUGGAGCACGCGCGCCGUGAGCGCCACGUACUGGUGGGACCCGUCGCGCGACUACCCGGUGCCGCACGAGUCGCAGCCGACCCUCAAGGUGGCGCAGCGCGUCAAGUCGUGGAACGUCGGCGUGGCCAUCGUCGAGGAGGAGCUGCGUCGGCAGAACAGCAGCACGAUCGACAUUGCGCUCUGUCUCGGCGCCACGAGCACUGCCUCGUCUGCACAGCGCACCAAGACGCCCCGGCCCGCGCCUGCUGCGCCUGGUGCUCGCGGCGCUGCCGCGGCGGCGGCCGUGCCAGUGCUGGAGAAGAAGGACGAGAUCGUCGCCAACGUCAUCUGGCGCAUGCUCGAGAUCCGCGGCUUUCUCAACCACGACCAUCUGCACACGGGCUGGGCGCGCGCGCUGCAUCUGGCGCUCAAGUCGGCGCGCCUCAACGAUAAGUUCCAGGAGCCGCUGUACCUGGCGCUCGAGCUGAUGCGCGCCGGCGCCCUGCAUGGCAACCCCUACGGCGGGCGCGUGCUCUCCGGCGGCCCGGCGUACGGCGACAUCGAGGCGCCCGGCAAGGAGGGCGAGGAGGCAAGAGAGGGACGCACGCAUCUGCUGCUCAUCAUGCGCUGCCUCUCGCUGCUGCCCAUGGUCUUCCGCAACGUGCCGUGGUCGGCGCCGCUGUCGCGCGAGCUGCUGCUCUUUGCCGCCUUUUCCAAGUCGCUCUCGCGCUCGCUGCGCUCCCUCGUCGAGGCCAUUGCCUCGAGCCUCUUGCUCCGCGGCGACGGCCGGCGCGCCCGAGACGACUACCUCGACAUUUCCCUCUCGCUGCCGUUCCAGAACGACGCAAACACGGGCAUGGGCGUCGUCGUCAAGUGCUUUCUCGAGGCGCUGCUCACGUUCAACGGCGGGCCCGUGCGCGCCGGCGAGGAGGAGAAUGAGGAUGUCAAGGAGGCGGUGGAGCAGGUGCUGGAGAUGGUCGAGGCGACGUUCGACAACGUCAAGGACGUGCGCAACGAGCUGCGGCGUGCCUUCCGCUUCUGGGACGCGCUCAUGAAGGCCACGGCGACGCUGCGCGUCAAGUCCGAAGAGAGCAUCACGCCCGAGCUCGUCGCGCAGUUCGAGGCCGCCGACAAGUGGCUCAAGCCCAUGACGCGCAUCUGAAACCGGCGGGGAUGCGGUGCGAGAGGAGGAGAGAGGGGGGUUAGAGAGGUCACAUGGAGGCGAGGCGAGGCUGAGCUAGGCACGUUAUGUGCCGUCGCGCGUGGCCUGGAGCCAUUGCGGGCAGCCUCUGGUCAUCAGACGGACAGACGGGCAGAAGAGCGUGCAAAUGACAUGGCUUGAAGAGAGA